UGGCGGAUGUCGCCCUCUAGCGGCGCGUUUGACAAAACAGGGACGCUGAGUUGCCAUGGCAAUUCGCGUUGGUUUGAAACGCUCCCGGCGCUGGCGUCGGCGCUCGCUUGUCCCUCCCGGUGGAAGCGACCCAAACAUCCAGUACCCGUACCGCUGUGUGUAUGCAGUCCUCCGCGAUGCCUCCCAAAACCAAGGGCGCAAAUAAGAAAUCCUCAAAGGGAAAGACCCCGACUGUGAUAGACGGCCUUUCCACGGAGGAGAUGUCUAAGGAGCAGCUGGAAGAGCUCAUUGUUUGCCUCCGAGAGGAGCUGGACAGAGAGAGAGAGGAGAGGAACUACUUUCAGCUGGAGAGGGAUGAGAUCACCAACUUCCUGGAGAUCACAAAAAGACAACGAGAGGAGAGCAAUGCUGAACUGAGGAACAGAGACAGAGAAAUGGAGGAGGCUGAGGCGCGCCACCAAGCAGAGAUUAAGGUCUACAAGCAGAAGGUAAAGCACCUACUCUUUGAACAUCAGAAUGCUAUCUCUGAGCUGAAAACAGAGGGUGUGGUCUCCACUAACCUGAUGCAGAAUGAGCACGCAGAGCUGGAGAGCGAGCUCCGCAAGGGCGUGCGCGCUCUCAAGGUGGACAUCAAGGAAGGGAAGUUGUCCCAUGAAAACCUUAUCAAAAGUCUUAAACUGAAAUAUGAGGAAGAAUUAACUGAAACAAGAAAAGAUUUUGAGAGGCAAGUCAGAGAAAUUGAGUCCAAGUAUGAGAAGAAGAUGCACAUGCUGCGUCAAGAGGAGGAGCGCAGGAGGAAAACUGAAAUCCACGCGAUUGAGGAUGGAAAGAAAAGCCACAUCGCCACUCUCAUUAAGAACCACGAGAAAUCCUUCAGCGAUAUGAACAGCUACUAUAAUAGCAUUCUACAAAAUAAUAUGACUCUCAUCAAGACACUGAAGGAACAAGUGGAAGAUAUGCGUAAGAGAGAGGAGAGAAUGGUAAAAGAGAAGGCAAAGGUGACGCUUCAGAGUAAGUCUCUGACGGAAACACUACAGAAAACCAAGGAGGAGCAAGCUGAACUGCAAAGGAAGCUUUCCAGCUAUGAGAAAGACAAGACUUUACUGGCGAGUACCAAAGCAAGUCUGAAGGUUACAAAAAAGGACUUAACAGAUCUGAAAUGGGAACACGAGGUGCUGGUGCAGAGGUUCAGCGAGGUGGAGAAGGAGCGGAAUGAGUUGUACAACAAGUUCACUAAAGCCAUUCUGGAGGUACAGCAGAAGUGUGGUUUUAAGAAUUUGCUGUUGGAGAGGAAGCAGGAAGCCAUGACAGAAACGCUUGUGAAGAAGGAGGCUCAGCUCAACGCGGUGCUCUCUGCCUCAAACAUGGACAAAACCAGCCUUGACGUGGUCACAGGCAGACUCGAGGAAAUGCUGGCUGCCAAAAACACUGCCAUCAAGGACUUGCAGUUGGAAUUGGCUCGGGUUUGCAAGGCCCAUAAUGACCUUCAGCGGACCUACAAGGCCAAGUUGAAUGCAUUUGGCAUCCCGGUGGAGGAACUGGGCUUCACACCACUUAAGAGCAGUUUGGUGGAUAGUUAGCCUCAAUAAGUCUAUUCACUUGUGGGGAAAAAACCAGUUUGAGUAUAAACUUACAUCGAAUAAAGGGAGUUGAAAAUUUUUUAUGUGGAGCAACAAAUAUGAGAUGUCAAAUACUUAAGCAGGACACAAAAUCAGUAUGGUUUUAUUACCACAUUUAUGGUGGCACGGUGGCACAGUGGUUAGUGAGGUCACCUCACAGCAAGAAGGUCCUGGGUUCGAACCCGGGGGUUGUCCAAACCUGAGGGUCGUCCUGGGUCGUCCUCUGUGUGGAGUUUGCGUGUUCUCCCCGUGUCUGUGUGGGUUUCCUCCGGGUGCUCCGGUUUCCUCCCACAGCCCAAAGACAUGUAGGUCAGGUGAAUCCGCCAUACUGAAUUGUCCCUAUGAGUGUGUGUGUGUGUCGGCCCUGUGAUCGUCUGGCGGCCUGUCCAGGGUGUCUCCCCACCCGCUGCCCAACGACUGCUGGGAUAGGCUCCAGUGUUCCGCAACCCGAAUUCGGAUAAGCGGCUUGGGUAAUGGAUGGAUUGAUACCUCAUUUCUAGAGAUCUUUGUGUUGGACUGCAGAACUUGUAGAGGACGGACAAUGACGUUCUUACUUGACUUUUCUGUAGUUGUUUCACUGCAGUUUAUCUCUUCUAGGCAGGUGAAAUUAACGCACAAGCAGUAUGAAAAUAAGAUUUUCAGAGACUAGCAAGGCAGCUGACCAAAACGGACAAGAAUUAUGUCAACCCUUGGACUCGUACAUAUCUACCUCCAGCAAGUACUGAAACUGAUACGCGUGGUGUGUUGACACAUUGUGCUCAUCUCUGAACGGCCCAGCUGCAUUGAAAUGUCAACAUUGUUGUACAGUGAAGUAUAUUUGUAAAGGAUUUUCCUUCCCUUUAAGAUGACUGAUCUGUCACUGAUCAUUUAGCUAAAUUAUUAUGAAAUGGUUUAAACAUAUAACUCUUGUAAUCUUUUGGUGCACAAUA